AUGGCUAGUGUUGUUGAAGACGUUGCUUCUAUACCAAAUGCAGAGGCCUAUUGUUUCAACUCCUCGUCUGCUUUUUUGAUAAGUUCCAUGUAUGUGGAAGAGGAACUAAUACGACUCCAUCUCCUCUUGUUUAUUGGCAAAUUUGCCGCGAGAGUUCUACUCCCAAGUGGAUUUGAAUUUCCCAAAAAUCUUCUGUCCUAUCAAAGUAGUUUCAUACCCGAGUUUAUGGACUUUAGUAUAAGGCAAGACUUGUAUAAAAAAUUCUGCUCUGGAAACCUUUACUACACAUGCAAGGCGAUUGAGGGGCCUUAUAUCGAUGUUCUUGCAAGGUUCAAUAGGUUACUAAGAAGAAGCCCUAAGCAAUGGGCUAUAGGUCCAUUACUUUCAAUCGCGACCAUAAAUGAUGAUCAAAACAACAUUAAUCGUCAUGGGUGUUUGAAAUGGCUAGACAAACAAGAACCAAACUCUGUAAUAUUAGUGUCAUUUGGAACAACAACUUCCUUAUCCACAGAGCAAAUCAAAGAGCUCGCUAUAGGGUUGGAAAAGAGUCAACACAAGUUCAUUUGGAUAGUGAGUGAUGUGUUGUUAAAAGAAGGCGAACAAGUUCAAAUUCCCAAAGGUUAUGAAGAGAGAGUACAAGGAAGAUGA